UUGUCUGUUAAUUUUGUAUUUUUAUUAUAUGUCAAAAAUAUUAAGAUUCAAUGUUUUCUCCUAUAUAUAUAACCUCUACAAUCAAAUUCAAAAACACACAACGUUUACAUCCACAUAAAUCAAAACAAUGGCUAGUACUAGUUGGUCUGCAGAAAAUGCCACUAAAGCAUAUCUCAGCACUUUGAAAAUGGGUCAAAAGGCGAAAGAACCAUCUGUUGCUGAAUAUAUAUCAGCAUUAGCAGCUGGAAACAAUGCACAAUUAAUGGUAGUAGCUUCUGCUGCUGCAGCUGAUUCAACCACACUUGCACUAAUUGCUGCUGCUAAUCAAACUAAUGGAAAUGUAAUAUGCAUUGUACCUAACAAUGAAGAUCUUAUUGCAUCCAAGAAUUUCCUAGGAGUGGCUGCUAAUCAAGUGGAGUUAAUGGUUGGAAAAGAAGCACAAGGAUUAGAUGUAGUAAACAAAGGUGAUUUUGUGGUAAUUGAUUGUAAUCUUGUGAACCAUGAAGAGAUUGUUGAAUUAGUACAAAUUGGUGAUGGUAAUAAGAAAAAGGGUGUAGUUGUUGUUGGUUAUAAUGCUUUUGGUUGUAAAGGUUGUUGGAAAUCAUGUGUAUCGAAAACACAAUUGCUUCCUAUUGGAGAAGGGUUGUUGGUGACAAGAUUUGGUGAAAAUAAUGCUAUUAGUCCUAAAUUUGGGUCUGGAUUGAGUAAGAGUGUUCAAAGUCGAUGGAUUGUGAAGGUUGAUAAAUGUACCGGUGAAGAACAUGUUUAUAGAAUCAGACUUCCUCAAAGAAAAGUCAUUUAAGCUUUAAAAUAUUGACUGAACAUCGUCUCAUUACAUAGAAUUCAAAUCUUGCAAUCACUUGACUCGGACAAUGUCUGAUUGCAGAGAAUACAAAUCUUGAAACAAAUUGAACUCGACAACGCCUGAUUGCAAAGAAUUCAAAUCUUGAAACAAAUUGAACUCGACAAUCCUGAUUGCAUAGAAUUCAAAUCUUGAAACAAUUUGAACUCGACAAUGUCUGAUUACAUAAAAUUCAAAAUCUUCGCAACCAAUAUUGAAUCCAUAUUGUUUUGGUGAACUAGUUCCCUAUUUAACUAGAGCACCAAAAACCUAGCCUUAUUUCAAAUGUACAAAACAAACUAUAAAAAAUCAAAUGCAGUCAUGAUAGGUUGUUGCUCAAAUUAUAUUAUUCCUGUCUUGUUUGUAACACAUGAUUAAGAAAUUUUCAGGAUAUCGAGAUUAAAAUAA